AUGGCAAUCCCGGAAUGGACGAUUCCUGACUUCAUUCAUCAAGAGCCGUGGUGGAAGAAUCGUGGCCUCCUGGUUCUAAAUAUCUGUUUGAUAUUACCACUACUAUCAUCAGCACUGAACGGUCUUGAUUCGUCAAUUUUGCCCGGAUGGCAAGAAUACUUUCAUACUCCGCAGGGGAAAACCUUGGGCCUCAUAAAUUCUGCCCAAGGCAUUGGCGCCCUCAGCGGAAUUCCAUUUUCUCCCUUAUCAACUGUGUUCAUCGGGGCGACCAUCAUGCUAGCUGGUGUCCUCACGCAAGCCUUAUCGACCACCGUGCAAAUGUUCAUUGGUGCUCGUGUGCUCAUUGGCUUAGGCUUAGCUUUCUCCAUCAACGCUGCUCCGUUGCUCAUCAGCGAAGUUAGCUAUCCAACGCAUGUGUGUCAAAUCACCUCGUCCUUCAUUUGGUUUCUCACAUGUAUUGCAGCGGCUUGGAUCUGCGUUGGCGCUUAUAAUCAAGCGGGGGCAUCGGAAUGGUCAUGGAGAGUCCCUGUACUCUUCCAAGCUGUUGUUCCUGUCAUUCAAAUGGUGUUAAUAUGGUUCAUUCCGGAAAGUCCUCGAUUUCUAGUGGCUAAAGGUUUGGAAUCGCAAGCUGCGCAUAUCCUCGCUCACUAUCAUGCGGAUGGGGGAGACGAACAUGACCACCUAGUAGCCUUCGAGAUGGCCCAAAUCCGACAUGCUUUAAACCUUGAACGAGAGAUUACUUUCAAAUCAUCCUACCUGACGUGCUUUGCAACUCCAGGCAAUAGACGGCGCAUGUUUAUCAUUAUAUCGAUUGCAAUAUUCUCACAAUGGAGCGGCAAUGGUCUAGUCUCCGCUUAUAUUAACAUUGUCUUGGAGGGGCUUUUCAAUUUCAGCAGUGCUCUAUUGGGCACAAUGCUCGUGGACAAGUUAGGCAGAAGGAAACUUUUCCUGAUUUCAAACAUUGGCAUGCUGAUCGUCUUCUCUAUGUGGACAGUUACCACCGCUCUUUUCACCCAGUCCGGAAAUAUUGCAGCUGCGAGCGCUACUGUGUCGCUCAUUUUUAUGUUCUUCUUCUUCUAUGACUUCGCGUAUACGCCGAUGCUUGUAUCGUAUACGCUCGAGAUCUUGCCUUACAAUAUUCGUGCCAAGGGGCUUGCAAUUAUGAACUUUUCGGCCUAUCUUACCAACGCUUUAACGUGUUCGUCAAUCCGUGGGCGCUCGACUCCAUGGUACCUUGUUUACUGUGGAUGGCUCGCCCUGGAGCUAUUGUUUGUGAUGGUAUUCAUUGUCGAGACGAGAGGUCGUACUCUUGAAGAAACUGCCGCUUUAUUUGACGGCGUAAAACUCCCUCGGCAUGUCACAGAACGAAGGGGUGAAGCUGCUGUGGAUUUGUCCAGUAUAUCACCAUACCUUAGAUCACCCCGUCUAGAGAAAGACGGCCCAGACAACUAUUUGGAACUUCAGGGACGCAGUGGAGUCCGGAGUAGUGUUCUAGGAUCACAUUCGCGUCUCGAAUCACAGUCAGAAGAAUCUGCUAUUGCAUUUAGAUAA